AGAGCAUCUAGUUGCCACACGGUCUUCCGCCACAUUCAGCGCUGGACAAGGAUGCUGGUGUUAAUGGACUGUCGAGUAUUUUAUUGUUGAGGGCAAACAAACACAACGGAAGAUGAGAAAUGACAAUGCCGAUGGCUAUGGUACAUUUGCAAUUUCCUUUCCCCAUCAAGGGCAGGUGACUGUCGCCAAAACGCUGGAUUACGAGAAGGUGCAACGUUAUUAUCUAACCAUCGUCGCAGCGGACCGCGCACGCAACGUUUCGGAGCGCCUCUCCUCGACCACCACACUGACGGUGAACGUAGCCGAUUCGGAUGAUCAGGAUCCUUCAUUUAUUUAUCGCGGUUGCGUGCUGCUCGAUGGCGCCUGUAUAAACCCCGAGUACUCCGCCUCAGUGCCAGCUGGGUCACUGCAAGGUGUGCUUACCGUUACGCCGGAACGUAUACAGGCCGUUGACUUAGACACGAUCAGCUCGCCGAUACGUUACUCCUUCGCCAGCGGCAUGCCAAGCAAUUAUGGCGAUUAUUUUGAGAUCGACGAGCAGACGGGCGUUUUGAAGCAGAUCAAAGCAGUGGAUACGUCAACAGCCAAAAAAUAUGAUAUUAUCGUUAAAGCCGAAGAAGUUUCGAUGACAAAGCGCUUUACCACUGCCAAGUUGACGAUCAAUGUGAAGCCCGUUGAUGCUAAUCCACCGGUUAUAAGUGCCAGCGAUAUUGACGGCUAUGUUGAUGAGAACUCACCGAUCGGCACACGUGUUGUUGAUGCAAAUGGUCGUUCAAUCUCCUUUAAGACCACAGACGCAGAUUUGGGUGAAGAUGAUCCCAAGCCCGACUAUAUUUACGAGCUGACGACGCCAUCUUUCGACGUUACAAGGGACGGUAUUUUGAUUGUCAAUGAGGAGGGAUUGGAUCGCGAUCCACCAGCGCCAGGACGCUACAAGUUCCAAGUAGUUGCACGUGAACCGCGCACAAAUGCAGCCAGUGCGCCACUCAGCUUAACCGUGCACCUGCGUGAUGUGAAUGACAACCCACCCAAACUGGCAAUGGUGCCACCAAUCACAAUUACUGCAGGCGAUGGCCAACGAAAUGUCACUAGGGUGAUUGCGACCGAUAAUGAUGAAGGUGAAAAUGCCAUAAUCACAUAUUCCAUCUAUCAUGUAUCCAAUAAUGGACAACAGAAGUUCCACAUUGACGAGAAGACCGGUGAGAUAGAGGCACGAGGUCGCUUAUUGGCUGGCGAACAGUAUAGCAUAACAGUGCAGGCCACGGAUAAUGGUGGGCUCUCGUCGCAAGCUAUUGUUGAAAUCGCCGUAACGCCUGGACCGAAUACGAAACCACCAAAGUUCGUUAAACCCAUCUAUGAGGCACAAGUAAGCGAAGGUGCUGAGAUCAAUUCUACCGUGACGGUGGUGCAUGCCGAAGAUCCUGAGAAUGAUCCGGUGGUAUACUCAAUCGUUUCGGGUAACGAUUUGCGGCAAUUUGCUGUGGGUCAAGAGAGUGGUGUCAUUAUGGUGAUACGUAAAUUAGAUCGUGAAAGUCUUACACGCUAUCAACUUAUCGUGAUAGCCGAAGAUAAUGGCGGUCUAUCGAGCAGUGCUACGGUAAACAUCAAAGUAACCGAUAUCAAUGACAAAAAUCCCGAGUUCGAUGAGUCUACACUACCAUAUGUAUUUGAAGUGGAUGAAGGCCAAAAGGAUGCUUUUGUGGGCAUUGUACAUGCUACAGACGCAGACGAGGGUAUCAAUGCCGAGAUCACUUACUCCGUGCCACAAGACAUACCCUUCAACAUCGACGGCAAGUCGGGCGAGAUACGCACUGCCGCUCCUUUGGACUAUGAACGCCAGAAGGAGUACCGAUUCGUAGUUACCGCCAAGGAUGGUGCGCCAGAUGCCCGCCUCGGUACGGCGAGCGUUACAGUGCAGGUGCGUGAUCUACCCGAUGAGGUGCCAAAGUUUACUGAUGCACGCAUUGAUGUGCAUGUGCCCGAAAAUGAGGCCGACUACUUGGUAGCAACCGUACAAGCUUUCGAUCCGGAUACGGUACAACAGAUCACUUACGUGAUACGCAAAGGUGCGUCGGAUCUCUUUAAGCUGUCGCCACACACAGGUGAAAUACGGACCACCACUGGAUUGGAUUAUGAAAAGAAGAAGCAGCAUGAACUUAUUGUCGGCACUAUUGAAAAUGAUGGUGAUGGACCCGGUGACACGAUACGUGUUUUGAUCGAAGUUGACGAUCGCAAUGAUGUGCGCCCGGUGUUUGCAGCUCUACCAGAGCCUGUUACGGUAAAUGACGAUCAAUCGAUCGGCACGCGUAUAGCAACAAUGGCGGCUAUAGAUGGUGAUGGCUCUUCGCCAGGUAAUGUGGUGCGAUACGAGAUGGUCGGACGCGGUAAGGCGUUGAAGUACUUCCAAGUGGACGCCGAUUCUGGUACCGUGCGCAUAAGAGAUGAUCUGCGCAAGGAGGAGGACACCGAGUAUCAGGUGGAUAUACGCGCCUACGACAUGGGUGAACCACAGCUGAGUUCCGUCGCAACUUUGCCGGUCUUCGUACGUCAUCUGCUGAUCGAUCCGAAUGAGAGUAAUAUGAUGGAGGGUAAAGUGAAUGACGGUGCCAUAAUGAGUCCAGAAAGUAUAGGUUUGGCUUUCAGCGACGAUAGUUAUACUACUGGCGUACCCGAAACCACCGGAAUCAAUGCUACUAUUAAAGUAAUACAAGUUAUUAAUUCAAAGAAGUCGCGCGACGGCACGCCAAGCUUUAAGUGCGAAAUAGUUAACGGUAAUGAUAUGGACUACUUCGAUAUAAUGACCGAAGAUCACGGUUGUGGCGUAAAAUUGAUAAAGCACCUCGAUUUUGAGAACACCACUGCCUACUCGCUGAGCAUACGCCUCAUUUCACAUAAAUACUUCGUGAAUCCUCAGAGGAGUAUGGCUUUGGUAAAAAUUAUUGUACAGGAUGAAAACGACAAUGCGCCCGAGUUCAUUUUCAAUCGUGCGCAUCCGACGCGCAAAGACACUUUCUACGCGGUGGUGGCGCCCGAAGUGGACAUAGACACACCGAUCUUGCAAGUGCGCGCCACCGAUCGUGAUUCCGGUAAAUAUGGCAUGAUACGUUAUAAGAUCUACGAUGAAGAGGACAAUGUAAUUAGCGAUGAGAAUUUGCCCACAACCUACUUCGUCAUGACCGAAGAUACCGGAAUCUUGCACACAGCAAAACUCUUCCAAGAUAGCGCUAAUUUCCCCAUGAUGUUCUAUGUGGAAGCACGCGAUAACGACGGCCAAGAGCUGGGUUCACAUCACACACGCGCACGCAUUGUAAUCAAUCAGAUAACGGAUCAGCAUCGCAUGUCUUUAGUCUUCUCCGAUUCGGCACCAAAAGAGAUACGCAAUCAUUAUACCGCUUUGGAAGAGCUGUUGGAAGAGAAGACCAAAGGGCUCAUAUCCGGAAUAGAGCGUUUUAGUAAUCGCAAAAUCUUGACAGAGAACGGCACCAUCGUUGAGAAUCCCGGCGCAACAGAUGUCUGGUUCUACUUAAUCGAUCCCAAAACAGAACAGAUACUCGCGCGCAACGAUACCACAGUGCGUGAGGCAUUGUUGGAGCCGACAGCGCGCGCUGAGCUUAACUUCGCCGCGUCGGGCGUGGCGCAUGCCACCGCCGAGGGCAUAUACGCGCCUAUUGAGAUGAAACAACAGGUGACCAGGGUUAAAGCAGCUAUAGCGAUCAACGAUGACGUAUUUCCCUACACGCUAAUUGCCAUCUCGAUAAUCAUACUCAUACUGGGCACAAUCGGCAUCAUCUACAUUUGCAUUUCAUGGUCGAAAUACAAGAACUUCAAACAGCGCAUGCGCCAAUACGCCGCACCAAGUCCAACGCGCUAUGACCCGGUUAUUGUCAAUUCGCAAGCCGCCAACUCUGGCGAUACCGUCGCCAAUAUGAAAGAGUAUGAGACACAAGUGCUGGCCAUGGCUGUGCCGCCAGAUGGCGAUGAUGAUCUGCAGCUAGACUUUAGCGCCAAGAAUCACGCUUUCUCGCUGGACAACGUCAGUUACAUUACACACAAGGAGAACGGCACAAGCGGCGGUCAGGCGAGUCCAUCGCAUUCGGAUGCAACUACCGCCACUAUCACCACAUUGCGUCGCAAUAACAAUAACAACAGCAAUCUGAAUAAUAUGACGCAUAAUAAUAGCAAUAACAAUAACAACAACAACAUGAAUGGUAUGAAUAAUCGUCAGAACACAUUCAAUCGCACGCUGGAAAUGAAUGCGCGCAACAAUGCAAACCCACUAGCGGCGGCCGCGAAUGGCACGCUGCCCGGCACCUUGACACUGGGUCGUUUAAAGCACCAAAAUGGCGCCACCCACUAUCAGAACGGUGGCUACAAGCUGGACGCUGUAAGUCGGAAUAACCUGGCGAACCUGCAGAAUAAUAGCUACAGCACAAUGGGUCGGCGGGGAAAUACAUUUGGUGGACCAAAUGGUCUAAACAGCUUGAAUGCCGGUGUGGCUGACGGUAGUGGGAAUGUUGGGGAAUUGAUGACAAACACGCUGGGACGCAACAAUCAUCAGCAUCAUCACCACAACAGUCGCGGCUACGCGGACGUGCCAAUAACAAACCCGCUCUUUCAACGAUCAAACGGUGACCUGAGUCACAUAAGUACCACCAAUGAAAAUGUCACUUUCGGCAAACGUGACUAUGGACAAUUAGGUUUCUCUUAUUUAAAUGAUUUAGAUCGUUCAGAGGUUGAGACCACAACGGAGCUGUAAAAUUAGAUGAUUUUGAAAAUCAGCAAAAAUUUCCGAGAACUUUUAAAUAAGCUAGUUUGCUUAGUAAACACAUAUGAGCAGCUGGAGAGCAGAGAAAAUGUAGUAAAUCCAAUUAGAAAGUUAAAUUAAAAAAUUACAAAUUUACUAAAAAUAUGUUAAUUUUUCUCCGCUGCUACUCUUUUCAAGGUGGCUCAUUUGUAAAGAGAAAAUGGAGCAGAAAACAAUGCUAAUAAAAAUAACCCAUACAAUGCCAAACUGAAAUAGUUUAGGAAAAUCAACUAAAUACCUUGACUCAUAAGUUCUGUAACAUAUGAUAGUAAAACAUAAUACUAAUAUGUGUAAUGUUAAAUAAUUGCAUUACCUAGCUGCCAACACAUACAGAUAUUCAGUUUGUAAAAGUUUUCUAUGAAACUUUUCAUUUACCGAACGAAAAUAUGUUGCGAUUUAUUAUACAUAUAUAUGUUUGUAUGUAACGAAAUGUUGCCAUUAAGUAAUCGACCUUAAGUUAAGCUCAACAUAAAGUAAUCUAAAAUUAGCUUUUGUACUGUUAAUGUAUGUAUUGUAAUAAAAUAAUUAAGUACGUACUAAAUAUUCAUAUUUAUUAUUAUGAAUUUGUAUGUAUGUAUAUAUUAAUAGAUAAGUACUUGUAAAUUGCAGCUGUUGAAUGUAAUGGUUACUUUUUCGCGUAUGAAUAUAUAGUAUAUGUUUUAGGUUGAAGUACAUUUUUUUAUAGUCAUUAGUUACUAGAAAGCGUGAAAAGAGUAGGCAUAAUAUUGAUCAUUAAAAUUUUCGUGGUAUGUACUUAACACCUGAAAUGUUGAGUCUAUCAAGAAAAAUAUAGAAAGCAAAAAAAUGCUUCUAAAAAACUUUAUGAAUGAAAGACACUUAUUGUCAGCUUGCACUGUAAAGAACUAUUGUAUUUUAAGCAAAAUUUUGCUAAUACAGCAACAACAACAAACUAAUGCUCUCAUCUGCUUGUUAUUGUUUUUGUAGAGGAACAAAUUUAUUAAACAAGUUAAAUAAUUUAAAAACUAUAUUUAUGUGAUCAACAUGAGACGAUAGUAACUUAGUAUACACAAAUGUGCAUACAAAAUAUUUAGUGUAGAUUAACUAGAUUAAAAAUUGCAAUAAAAAACGAAAUAUGUAAAUUUAGUUAAAUCCUUUUUCUACAAUCAGAACUAUUUUUCUAUAAAAAUUAUAUAAUUUUGUUCUGUUAACAAAAUGCCAUUAAAAAUUUAAAACGGCCGCUUAGUAGAAGAAUACAAAAAAUCCCAAAAACAGCAGCAAUGUUCAAUAACCUUGUUGCGUUAUUUGACAAGCGUAAUGAAUUCUCCAACAUGUUGCUUAAGCAAAUGUUGCAAAGCGUGCUACUUUUAGUGCGAAUGUUGAAAACGAAAAUUUAUUGAAAUAAUCGAAAACCUAAAUUCCAACAACAAAAAAAUAAUAAUUAGCAACAUGUUUCAACAAUAUCUAAACUUAAAUAACAGUAAUUUGUACCUAAAAUAUAGACGUUGCGCGCCGUCUUGCUGCAAUUUGACUUUGGAAAUAUAUUGGGAAAGAAAAGGGAAAAUAUUUUACUAAACACAUUAUACUGAGAUAUAAAUUUUGUUGUGCCGUGCUUUUCAUAAUAUUUGUUGCAAUGCAGAUUUUUGGUGAAAAUUUCAAAAUGAUAACACAUCUAAAAGUUUAUAUUUAUGGCCGCGGCUCACACACAAGCCGAACCACUGUGCAUUGCUUAGAAAAUAUUUAUAGAAUAAUCAAUAUUUGUAAAUAACGUUAAUAUUGUAAGUGUAUAAAUAAAUAAUAAUGCAUAUAACUAUAACUAAAAUAGUAGUUAGGAUAAUUUAGAGUAUGUAUGUAUAUAACAAACAAAAAUUUUGUAUAUAAAUGGGUUGAAGUGCGAAAUUAUAUGCAAAAACUUGGCUAGUUAAAUAAAUAUCGAAUUAUUAAAAAAUUAAAAAAAAAA